CAUUUUCUUGUUUUGAUAAAAAAAAAAAAAAAAAGAAAUGAGUGAAGAAAAUAGUAGUGCCAAAAUAUCUUCUCAUUUAGAAACAAAGGCACUUUCUAUUCUAAAUGUUAAAAAUCCUUUAGAUUCACCAGAAUUCAAUGCAAUAAGCUAUUUGAACAAGUUAUUUCCUACUGAACAAUCCUUAGCCUCGGUAGAUAAUGUGCUUGACAAACUUCAAGCUAAGAUGAAGGAAAUGUCCCUUGAAGCUGAGCGUCUUACAAAUAAUCAAUUCAAAAAAGAUACCCAAGAUGGAAAUAAAGAAUUAAAUAAAGCAAAGCAAUCUAUUCAGGAAUUAUUUAAAAAAAUCCAAGACAUAAAAUUAAAGGCAACACAGUCUGAAUCUAUGGUUCAAGAAAUUACACAUGAUGUGAAAUCACUCGAUUAUGCAAAAAGGCAUUUGACAUAUUCAGUAACUGUAUUAAAACGACUUCAAAUGUUGGUAACUGCUGUAGAUCAAUUAGAAACAAUGUCCAAAAAUAAACAGUAUAAAGAAAGUGCGCAAUUACUUCAGGCAGUUAUUCAACUAAUGCAACAUUUUAAGUCCUUUAAAAGUGUACCACAAAUAUCUCAACUAUCAAAUCAUAUCAAUACUCUGAAAAAAGACCUGGAAAACUGUGUGAUUCGUGAAUUAGAAAAUGGAUUUAAUCAAGAAGGCCAAUUAAUUGGACAACCUUGGCUUCUUCAUGAUGCUUGCUUAGUAGCUGAUGUGCUAGGUGAAAUGACAAGAGAAAAGAUUAUUAAAAAAUAUGUUGACCUGGAGUUGGUGAACUAUCGACAAAUAUUCAGACCUAUGGAAGAGGUAUCUCAAUUAGACAAUAUAUCUCGACGUUAUGCUUUUUUGAAACGUAUUCUUAAAGUAUGUGAUGACGAACAUGCUGAAAUUUUCCCUAAUGAUUGGGCUAUAAGUGGCAGAAUUUGUGAAAAAUUUUGUGAAUAUACAAAAUUUGAUUUGGAUCUUGUCAUGAAAAACAAUGGUGCUGAUGUGAAGGAAUUAUUGAAAGCUCUUCAACUAACAAUUGAAUUUGAAGGCCAAUUAUCCAAGAGAUAUGAACGACAUUUCAAGGACAAACAUAAGCAGAAACCUUUAUUUAAUUUUGAUAAGUCUAUUUCUUCAGCAUUUCAGCCUUAUUUGUAUAUCUAUAUAGAUGCAGAGGAUGCAACAAUUGCAUCUAUGAUUGAUUCUUAUGCGCAAACUGAUAUGCAAGCAGAUUCUGAGGAUGAUGGUACUAUGACCGUCUUACCGUCGAGUACAGAUUUAUUUUAUUUUUAUAGAGAGACACUUGCACAGUGUUCGAAAUUUUCGACUGGAAAAGCAUUAUUUGACCUUUGUCAAGUAUUUGCUAAGCAUCUAAACGCUUAUUGUAACCAAAUUUUGUUGGGAGGGUUAGCAAGAAAUGAAAAAAAGACAGUGACCGUUGAGCACUUUAGAUUUGCUAGUUUGGCAUUAAAUACUGCUGAUUAUUGUUCUAUGACGACUACUCAAUUGGAAGAAAAAUUGAAAGAAAAUAUUGACUCUGAGUACUUGAGCAAAUUAAAUUUAGAAGGCGUUAAAGAAAACUUUAUGAGGACUCUAUCUACUUGUAUUGACUCUAUUGUAAAGAACUUAGAACAAUGUAUUGAGACACAAAUGGUACAAAUGUCAAGACUUUCAUGGGGUGUAAUGGAUACAGUAGGUGAUCAGUCAGAUUAUGUCAGCCAAAUGAUAGAUAUUGUUAAAAGAAAUGUUACAGUUGUAGGAAGAAUAAUAGCAAAUAAACGUUAUUUCAGAACCUUCCAUGAUCGUUUUGCAGAAAUAUUUAUUUCAAAGUUUUUGAUUCAAAUUUUUAAAUGCAAGCCUAUUUCAGAAAUCGGUGCAGAACAGCUCUUGUUAGAUACGCAUUCCAUUAAAACAUUACUUUUAGAUAUUCCAACAAUGGGGAUAUCUACUGAUGGCUCAACGAUAAUUCCAAGCUCCUAUACUCGAAUUGUAAACAAAGGCAUAUCUAAGGUAGAAGCUAUUCUCAAAACUGUAAUGUCACCCACUGAACCCUCUGAAGGUUAUGUAGAAAAUUAUUUACUGCUUGUAGGUGAUAAACAUGUCGGUAACUUCACACGUUUGCUUGAACUCAAAGGAAUUAGAAAACCAGAUCAGGCACAACUUUUAAAUAUGUUUGAUAAGCGUAUUGCUUAUCAUGAUCAUCUUGUGGAGAACUCAAACAUACUACCACCUGAAAUAGUGUCAGCAAGUGCAACCACAACAUCUAGUGUUCUACCUAGCUCAAUUACUACGUCAUUAUCAACUAUGGCUUCAACGGCGGCAUCCAAUUUUAAAGAUACCAGUGCUUCCUUCAGAUCAAAUACUUCACCUACCGUUUCUUCACCUAUAGAAGGAAAUAGUAAUAGUGCUCGUGGACGCUUAAACGAAAAUUUUAGAAAGUUAGUUAUGACGGGUAUGGCUUUUCGUAAAGAUUUACAAGAAAGACGAGAACACUCACAAAAUUAAGUUACUGAAUAUUAUAUCAUGUAUUAUAUAAAAUCAUUAUUAUAUAAGUUUGUUAUCUAAUGAAUAUGGUAUAUCUUAAACGAC